AUGUGUAGUUCGCAGGAGUCCGGCAUGAACAACGUGGGCUUGAGGAUGGUGACCCGCAGCCGGAGCCGGGGACCUGGGGCCGGACCGAGGAGGAGUGGGGAGGAGGCUACGCCGCUCCAAAGGGGAGAGGCGGCCGCAGAAGGAAGGAAAAGCCACCCCCCUGUGAAGCGUCAGCGGAAGGCACAAAGUCUGAAUGUAGCCUAUGAAACCUCAGAUGGUGAGAAAAGAGAGGGGACCAAGUUGCCAAGCUGGGAGCCUCAGGACUGGCAGCAGCAGCUGGCAAACAUCCGUACCAUGAGGAGUGAGAAGGACGCGCCUGUGGACCAGCUAGGGGUUGAGCACUGCUAUGACCCCAAUGUGCCCCCAAAGGUUCGGAGGUACCAGGUGCUGCUAUCACUGAUGCUCUCUAGCCAGACCAAAGACCAGGUGACAGCAGGCGCCAUGCAGCGGCUACAGGCCCGGGGCCUAACAGUGGACAACAUCCUGCAGACAGAUGACAGCACCCUGGGCACACUCAUCUACCCCGUGGGCUUCUGGAGGAACAAGGUGAAGUACAUCAAGCAGACCAGUGCCAUCCUGCAGCAGAACUAUGACGGCGACAUCCCAGCCUCUGUGGCAGAGCUGGUGGCACUGCCAGGUGUUGGGCCCAAAAUGGCACACUUGGCCAUGGCUGUGGCCUGGGGUACUGUGUCAGGCAUCGCAGUGGACACACAUGUGCACAGAAUUGCCAACCGACUUAGGUGGACCAAGAAGGUGACCAAGUACCCGGAGGAGACCCGUGCAGCACUGGAGGAGUGGCUGCCCAGGGACCUGUGGAGAGAGAUUAAUGGACUGUUGGUGGGCUUUGGCCAGCAGAUUUGUCUGCCUGUCCACCCGCGAUGCCAGGCCUGCCUCAACCAGGCCCUGUGCCCAGCUGCACAGGGACGCUGAAGGCCAUGUAUAUUCUGCGACUUUGUUGGGGAGCUGCAGCCUGUUCAUAAUAAAGUUUGGGGGUUUGCAACAGUUGUGAUCCGACUUCUA